AUGUCAGUUGUAUUAUUCCAGGGUAUUGGAGUGACAGCAUUAAUGUUGGCUGCCAUGUAUGGACACCUGGAGAUCUGUAGACUCCUCAUUGGUACAGGAUGUAAGAUCGACAUCACAUCAGAGGAUGGAGUGACAGCAUUAAUGUAUGCUGCCAGUGGAGGAGACCUGGAGAUCUGUAGACUCCUCAUUGGUACAGGAUGUAAGAUCGACAUCACAACAUGGGAUGGAGAGACAGCAUUAAUGUGGGCUGCCAUGGGAGGACACCUGGAGAUCUGUAGACUCCUCAUUGAUACAGGAUGUAAGAUCAACAUCACAAAUAAUUUAGGAUGGACAGCAUUAAUAUUGGCUGCCAAUGGAGGACAUCUGGAGGUCUGUCGACUCCUCAUUGAUACAGGAUGUAAGAUCGACACCACAGAUAUCCAUGGAGAAACAGCUUUACAUUGGGCUGCUGAGAGAGGACAUCUACAGAUCAUAAGAUGUCUGGUAGAAAGAGGUGCCAGUCCCUUGGUUACAACACAUGAGGGUAAAACUCCAUAUGAUCUGGCAGCAGCAAAACUGAAGUUUGAAGUAGUGGAAUACUUGCAGACUGUCAUGUCAGAGAAAUCUUCAGGUGUGACUGCUGGACAAGGGAGAGAAGAUCCAAUCCACACACAGACAAAGUCCGCUAUGUUAAACAGGUUACUUGGCAGUGGAACGUAUGUUUCCUAUGACAUGCGCUGUAUGGUAACAGGCCAGUUCGCGGUCGGAAAAUCGAGUCUUGUCAAGCUCUUAGCUGGUGAUGUCGUCCCAGAAGGAAGACAUCCUACCGAUGGGAUUUCCCUACUAGAAGGUCGCUGUGGCCUUGAUGUAGAGACUAGAAGCUGGAUUUAUAUUGAUCCAGAAACGUAUGACGCUUUAGAUGUUGUUUACAAUAAGGUUUUGAUGACUUCAGUAGAAGAGGAUGAAAGAAAAGAAGAAAAAACACCAAAGAAACCACAUUUACCAGAUUCAAACCUUGUUAGAAGUGAUGGUAAAGUGAUGACCGCUGGUCCCUCCCAACAGCCUCUAGCAGCCAAACCUUUGUCACCUCAAAUAUCUGACAGUGUGUCCAAGAGAAUACCAGAGUUAAAAACACACAUGAAAUCGAAAAUGACAAAAGAAGAAAUAAGAAAGAGAAUGGAAAAAGUCCUCAAAAGUGGAGACUACAAGAUGAAAGUAGGAAGACUGAUUUUUUGGGACUUUGGUGGACAGUAUGUCUACUAUACCACACACCAAACCUUCAUGACGUUCAGAGCUUUGUUUCUUGUGGUAUUUGACGGAAGCAAAGGAUUACAUGAACUAGUCCCAGAUGUUCUGUGUUUUCCAGGGCAGCACAUGACACCAACCCCAGCAGUAUUCCUUCAACAUUGGGUUAACUCUAUUCUAACAUAUUGUAAGGUGGUAUAUGUAGGCAUUCCAAAGAUCUUAUUUGUUGCCACUCACAAAGACAAAAUACCAGUGGAGGAUGUGGAUUCCAGGCGUGAGGAGUUGUACAAUGGAGUAGAGGAAUUGUUCAAGGACCACGAAGGACGAAACCAUCUUGUCCUAACACAACGGAUAUUUGUCAAUGCAAGGGAUAACACAGAUACAGAAAUUGAAGUCCUGAAGAAAGCCAUCACAGAACUUACGUUUGAACAUCCUUGUUGGGGGGAGAAGAUGCCCAAUGCGUGUGUUCCCCUUGAACUCGAGAUAGCAGAGCUGGUGGCAGAAGGAAAACAAAUCUUAUCAUUAGAGGAUGUAGAAGAAUUGAAUGCUAUAAGCAAGGUGUCUGUACUGUCCCAAGACCAACUCAAAGAUUUCCUAAAUUUCCACCACUCCCUGGGGAAGAUAGUGUACUUUGAUACUCCACAGCUUAAAGAUUUCGUAAUCAUCAACCCCUUACUCAUGGUGGAGGUUAUGAGGUCUUUUGUGACAGAUAAAGUAUUUUGGCCAGAGGAAAAGAAAAUUCAUGAAACUUUUAAAAGAAUGUCAAAAUAUGGGACCAUAAGACGGGAAGACCUCUACCUAAUCUGGGAGCAAAAAGAUUUCAGUGCAAUAUUGCCAUACAAAGAGUUUAUAUUUAACAGCUUGAUUUAUUUAGAUAUCCUAGCAGAGCAACGGAGAUAUGAUACAUCUACAGGAAGUCGGUUACCAGUGGAAAACUUCUUUGUUCCCUGUAUGGUUACAGAGAGAAAUACCACCAACUUCAUGGACAAAGAAUGUACACCAGAGAGAGCUAUAUGCCUAGCGUUUUUAUUUAAAGGCACUAUUAUACCACCAGCCCUACCAAAUCGUCUGAUCAGUGCAUGUCUUAGCAUGUGGACUCUGAAGCAGUAUGAAGGGAGACAACUCCUGUUCUCAGGAUUUAUUGGUUUAUCAUUUGACAAAUCACAUGACAUCGUUGUAUGCGUUGAGGGCAACAAGAUUCUCCUUUACAUCAUUCACAGAACCUCCUCCGGGUUAAUCGUACCUGAUAUAGCUACAGGUGUUAAAGAAUGCCUGGUUGUAACAAUGGAAAGAAUCUCAGAUUUCUACCACUCCACAGUCCAUGCAAAACGCAGCCAACAAUCGCCAUUUCACAUUGAAUAUUCAUGUUCAAAUUUAAAAUGCUUCAUCAGUGCAGAAGAAGCCAAGCAGACCAAUGGAUGGAUUUGUGACAAACAUAACCAAACACACAAAAGAAGACACUGGCGUGUUUGGAAUCAAGAUCAGACAAAAGAACAGUGUGAAGAGGAAUGUCAAGGUUUAAGCGAUGACGCUUUAAGCCAGACACCAAGUGAUAUUGAACUGUUGCGUUUUUCAAACCACUGCGAAUCAAAUAAAAUGCAUGAAUUAGUUACACAUCUUGGAAUGCUUAGGAUAUGGAAAGAUGUCGAAUACAAUCAUCCUAAAGAUAUACAGGUUGCCAAAUUUUUGCUGUUAUCAAAGUGGAAAGAGAUGAAAGCUAAAUCCAAUUUCAAAACUUUGUCAGAAGCUCUGAUCAACAUGGGUAUAUCGACCCAUGUUUUGUGUCAAGUAAGAAGAAUCAUCAAAGCAGAAACAGAUAUUCCAGCAGAUUACUUGGAUUUCAUUCCAACGGAUGAAAUUCUAGAUACAUUAGCUCCAUUAAUUGGUCAAGUGUUUUUCCAACUUGGCACUGAAAUUGGACUGUCAAUUCCUACCCUAGAAAAUAUACAGAGCAACAAUCCUUCUGACUUAGCAGAACAGAAUAGGGUCGUAUUAUUGAAGUGGAGAGAAGACCAACAAAUCAAACCUACAAUAAGUGUCCUUAUGCAGGCUUUAGUUAACAUAGGGAGAGGUGCACGUUGUUUAGAAGAAGUUUUAAAGAAUAUUGAUAUGAACACCCUUAUAGUUUCACAACAAUCGAGAGGUGAAGGUGUAAUUCUAAAGAAACCAAAAAUAAAAUCAGACCAGGAAUCACAGAGUCAGCGAAAGUCACAGAUUGAUCUGAACCCAUUGACAGGUCCACAACAAUCGAAAAGUAAAGGUGCAAUUCCAAAGAAACCAAAAAUAGAACCAGAACAGGAAUCACAGAGUCAGGGAAAGUCUGAGAAUGUUGAUCAAGACACACUAAUAGGUUCACAACAAUCAGAAGACAAAGGUGCAAUUCCAAAGAUACCCAAAAUAAAAUCAGAACAAAAACCACAAAGUCGUCGAAAGGUUUUCAAGAAAUGUUCAAUAACAUGAAUAAGGCACAUAUAGAGAAUCAUAAAAAACAAAUGUGCAUUUGAAUAGGGAAAAUAUAUUAUAGGCAAAAUAAGUGUAAAAUAUUGUGCAUUAUUAAGCUUCAUUGUUUAAAUGAUAACUUAUGCUGUUA